UAGCUCCCAAAACUCUGACUCAGUAUGAGCAAGUUACCCGGACUCUUAAGAUAGUUCAUUGGAUAUUCGAACUCUUGCAUCUUUCAUCAUGGAACAAAGUGUAGAUGUAGUAGAACUUGUGUCCAACUUAUUGGAUUCGGGGAAGUAUAAGGAAGUUCUUAGUGUGCCCAAUGAAGAGAAGUACGUCAACAUAUUUAAGGAUAAUUGCUGGGAUUUGAUAUCAGUGGUUGUUGGGAAAAUACAAGAUGAUACAGUGGUGUUAAAGCCAUCCCUGCACGGAGCUUGUGAGGAGCUGCUAUUUGCCAUAGUUCAGAAGUCAGCGCCCGAAGAAGCUUUGCUGGAAUUCAUUGAACAGAUUGAGGUGGCUAAAAAUGAUGCUCAGUUCAGCAUAAUAUUGACACCACUUCAAUAUCUUCUGAAAAAGCUAUCUGUAAAGAGAGGGAGGUCUUUAGAAUGGUGCUUAAACUCCAUCAGUACCUAUAUAGAGACUAUUCCCAUUCCAGAACACAAGCUAGAUGGCAAGGAACGCUUGUUAAUGGACUGUGAUCCUAACAUCAGAAGAAUUACAAAAGUUUAUUCUCUAUUGCCGCCAUUCUAUACACCAUUCAUAAAAGAACUCAGCGCAUCAGAAUCAAGUAUCCAUACAAAACAGAUAUUAGUUGCUUUCUUGAUUAGCAUAUUGGGAAAACCAUUGAUCUAUAUUGAUUUAGAUCCUGAUACAAAUGCUCAGAGUGAAGUUAGACAGUGUUGUGCUAAUAUCAUUCAAGACAUUUGUUCUUUAGAGAGGGACAUGCUAAAAUUUCUCUACUAUGUAGAAGUUUGCCAUAAAGAGAACCAAAAAGCUAAGUCUAAUAGGGGAGUUGAUGAAGAUAAUAAGACUCCAUAUGAAAAUAGAGAUAAAAUCAACAUGUCAACCCUAUCAGGGCUAUUUUACAUUACUCUCUCUGGUCAUUUCCAAGUUCCAGAAUAUUCGCUUCCUCAAGUAUACUCUACAGAAUACAUUGUUCACACUGCAUUAUAUUGUGUAAUACAUUUUCUGGGCUUCACUGAGUAUGGUCCUCUUGCUAAGGCCAUUUCCAUGGGUAAAGCCCUUCUAAAUUGUUUCUCUUCUAAGAUUUCCCAUAAUGUACUUAAUUCACCUGUGCAUUUUGACUUCAGUAGGAGUUUAAUGAACAUAGCUAUCUACUGUUGCUAUGAAUCAGUACGUAAGGAUACAGUAAGCUUGAUAGGUGCUCAUAUAAACAAAUUUAAUUAUAAGGGAAGAUGUAUGCUCAUCAAGUACUUAUUGGAAGUUUCCAACCAUUCUGGCAUGAUUGGAUAUUCUAUCACUUUGUACAAAAAUUCUAUAGAUGAAGCUUUCAAAGAAGCAAAACUACCUGAAUGUUUUGCUGGUGCCCAGUUGAUAAGCAUGAUUAAAAAGAUAUGUCACUUGCCGCAUGGUGCAGAAUCUGAUUUGGUAGAGCAUGCUGAUCAGAUAAUCUCGGCCCUGAACUUUCUGAGGUAUUUGGCUAUAAAAGAUACAGAGGAUUUGACUGGAAUAAGAGGAUGCUUUGCCAGUAUUGAAAAUGAUUAUUUGAAACCUUUGAGGACUGGGCUUAAUAUGUCGAAAGCGCAUUAUGAAGUGAAAUUGAAAGACUUGGAGGAAGGGAAAAGCAGCCUAGAAGGAGGGAUUGAAGUUUCAAUCAAUGUUGGAGGAAAUACUUUGGAUCAUGUUCCAACAGAACAGAAGAAACAAAUUAUAAUUUCUGCUCUGAAUGCGUUUCAUUUAAUUGAGGGCCUUGUAGCUCGUCUGGCUGAAUGUAUUAAUAUUAACAAAUUGCAAGGGCUUAACAUGGAUUGUGAAUGAUAUAUUAUAUAAGUUCUUUAAUAAACAGUGCUUUUAAAAUGAAUUUUUCUGUACUUUACCUAACCUUACUAUUUUUUGAACACUAAUUAAUUAUAUUAUCAAUUUCACAAAUAGAAGUACUAGUAUUG